UCUUUGUUCUUUUUACUUGGUUUCUGGGUCCAAGUUACUUUUAGUGUGUGUAACUUCAAAACAAAAACAAAAGGCCCCUCAAAUAUUUGUCCAAAUGUGGAACAACAACUAUGAAGAGGAACUAAUCAAAUGCCGCAGAUUUGCUGUGGGCCUUGCAAAGGAGAUUGAUUACAAGAACCUAAGGUUGUUGGAGAUGGAGCAUAAGUAUAAUGAGACAAUGGCUACCGUUUGCAGACUUACAGAGGAAGUUAAUUCCAAAGACAAAAGUUUUUUGGAGAUGGAGCACAAGUACAAGGAGUCCUCCGCAACUGUUAAAAGGCUGAUGAAUGAAACAAAUAUGUUGCAUUCAGAGAUGCAAAUAACGCAGUCCAUUAACAGGAAGCUGAAAGAAGCCUUGAAAUGUCAAAAGAAAGAACUCGACCAGCAAGCCAGAGAAUUGAAGGAGAGUAAAGCUCACAAAGACCUGGAGCGAAGAAGUUUUUUAAACGAGAUUGAAAAGUUGAAAGAAGAAUUGCAGGCUCAAGAGGAAAAGACAGAUGCAGUAGAAAACCUCAACUCUGUUCUGAUGGUUAAAGAGCGUAUGAUCAACCAAGAGCUACAAGAGGCUCGCAAAGAAUCAAUAGAAAGCUUGCAAAAUAUGUUGACUGGGCGAUCAAAACUGGGAAUGAAAAGAAUGGGGGAGGUUGAAUGGAAACCUUUUGGAGAUAUAUGCUCACUGAAAUUCCCCGGUGAUGACUGGGAGAAUAUAUCUGCUGAAUUAUGCUCAAAAUGGCAAGAAAAGUUGAUGAAUCCACAUUGGCAUCCUUUCAAGAGAGUCAUGGAAAAUGGUGAACCCCAAGAACAAAUAGAUGAAGACGACAAAGACCUGCAAGAGUUGAAAACUAAUUGGGGUGAGGAUGUAUACAAGGCUGUUACCAAAGCAUUGCUGGAAAUUAAUGAAGUCAAUCCAAGUGGGAGGUAUGCAGUCCCAGAAAUUUGGAACUUAAUGGAGGAUAGGAGAGCCAGUAUGAAAGAAAUCAUUCAGUAUAUAAUCAAGCAAUUGUGGAUUCGUAAAAGAAAAGCUUGCUAAUGUUGGCACCAGGUCUCACUUUGUACAAAGGGAUGUAGCAGAAGCCUCACUUAGUGGUUAGCAAUAUGAAAGAAGAAAAAUUGAUCCUGCAGUUAGCAGAACUGAAAGAGACAUUUAGUUUAGUGAUUGAAUCUUCAGUGUUUGACUACUUUUCAACACAAGAUUGAUCCUACAAUGACAUGUAUGACAUAUCAUCUCAACACGGAUAAAGUAUAUACUUUUGGACAACAGUUGAGAGACACAUUUUAUGAAUGCUAGGUGCAGCAGCACAAUCUUUUCCGGUAGUGAAAAGGGAAAACGACAGUGAAAAAUUUAUGGCGGAAUGAUGGAAAAACCAUAAACAAGAAGACAGGGUGGUUUUUAUUUUUUGUAAAGAAAGUGGUGUACCCAAGAAUAACUCCCAGAAAAUAGGCUUUUUUUGGACCCAAAGUUAGCCUCAACAGUCUCAUUUCUUUCAAGUCCUAUGGAUCAACUGGACCCGGCUAAGUACGGAUGGACAGCCGCACAAACAAUAGUAAGAAGUGUGUACAAUAUCUGAAUCACUGGCUCUUGGAUUCCUAAUACUUAUUUAUUCUUGGGGGCUAAGGGACGUUUGUAUAAUAGAGUGAGGGUUACGAAAUCAAAUUAGUUAUUUCAUGGAUCCCCCUCUUUAGUGGACCACGAAAACACUCAAAAAGAAAGGGCUCGUUAACAAGGUACGCAUCAUUUUAACCGAACAAUUUUCUUCUACAAAUUCGUUAAGUUUGUGGUAUUCUUCAACUAAUAUACUUACGAAUUAAAGUGACCGGCCGAAACUUGGUAGGAUGUUUUGUGCUUAACAUUUCUUCUUCUCUAUAGGUUCCUUCAAUUUAGGAUUUGGUGUGUGACCAAUUAAUUCUUCAUAACAUGUUUUAUUUUUGAAUAAAGUAACUUGUAUUAUUGUUACUUAUGUUGGUCGUAGAUAGAUUCAAUGAUUAAUUUAAAAAAGAAAAAUAUUAGGAGACGAAACGGGAGAAUAAAAAAGAAUUUUGCGUAGUUUGAACUCGCGUUCAAGAAAGAGGGUACUUUUGUCAAUCUGCAUCUGACACAGCUGGGCCUGAGUUGGCCUCCAAGCGGCCCAGAUUGUCCAGUUACCGCCCUUGAAACCCUAGAACUCAUGCGUGCUUAGAUAUAAAACGUCUUGCCUCUUAGUGGUAACCCUAUUACGUCCUGUGUGUAUUGCACGGGAUCUGGAUCUUUGUUCUCUGGUUUUCUCAUAGAAGAGGGUCUGGCGAUGAUUACAAAGAGAGAGGCUAGAGUGGGGUUUUCCUACAAAGUGAAAAAAACCCAGUUCGAUUUUGAGGAGAAAGACUAAAGGGUGCCGCCGACCCCAAAAGGGAAGGCUUCGGCGUCUCAAAAUUUGUCUCUUUUUCUCUUUCUCUAUCUGGGUUUACCCCCACAGUGACUGAUCUUCCAAUUCUUGUACACUUGAUAUGAGCCCCAAACCCUUAACAUAGUUUUUUAUUUUCUUGUUUUUGUGCAUCUGUUGUGUUUGUUGUGAGAAAGCACUUGUUUGCUUUGUUUUCUCACUGAAACAACGGUGCGUACAGAGAAAGCCUUUUUGCUACUUCGCUUGUUUCCCUAAACAGGUUUUGGAAACAAAACCUGCUUUUGGGAGCCUGCGGGUGCGAUUGGGCAGCGGCCAGACAACCGUAGGGAUGGUUUCCACAGGUGACGGGUUUUGCUAUCUCGUUUCAUCUACUAAAUCCCAUCUCACAUUUCCUACAUUUUUCUAUCUUUUGCAA